AGCAAUAGAUAGAAGAAAUUGCAAUAAAAAAACAAACAAACUUAAGAAAUUUUAAAAUAAUAAGAUUUUCCACAUCAUUUUUUUGAAAAAAAAAAACAAAAAGCAUCAAAUGGCAGCCAAAACAAUGAAACUACAACGUUUAAAAGAGAGCUUAACAAAUCUUUCCUUUCGUUUCCAUUUAUUAAUAUCUAUAGUUAUACGUUUGGCUUUAAUUUUCUACGGACAAUUGCAUGAUGAACACUCAGAAGUCCCAUAUACGGAUAUAGAUUAUAAGGUGGUAACCGAUGGAGCUAGACAAAUACUCCAGGGUAAUACACCCUUUAAAAGGCACACAUAUCGUUAUAGUCCUCUGUUGGCUUAUAUGCAAUUACCCAAUGUUAUAUUACAUCCAAGUGUGGGUAAACUUAUAUACUCUUCCUUUGAUUUGCUAGUAGCAGUGUUAAUCUAUUCUCUAGUCAAAGCCGAAUUACAAUCACAAUGCAAUAAGGCGGUACAAUAUUUACUUACAAAAUAUGGUAAAUCUAAUAAAAUGACUUCAAGUGCCAAUUAUGGUGAUACCGAUGAACGCAAUAGACCUGCCCAAAUAGCCAAAAUAUCAGCCUGCUUUUGGCUUUAUAACCCUCUAACCGCUGUCAUUUCGACACGCGGCAAUGGUGAUAGUUUUUCCAGUUUCUUUGUCAUCUUAACUCUAUAUCUUUUAGCCAAAUCGGAAGAUUGUUCUCGUAAAACUACACGCAAUUGGUUUAUAUUAUUAGCUGGUUUAUCUCAUGGUUUUGCCAUACAUUUACGUCUUUAUCCUUUACUCUUUAGUUUAGCCUAUUAUCUUAGUUUAUCCGAGCGUUUGGUGCGUUCUCUUAAAGAGUUCUUACGCAAUGUAUUAUUUCCCUCUAGCAAACAAUUAUUAUUAGUUUUUGGUACAUUUUUAAGUUUAUUUCUUAUAACCGGCUUUUUCUAUUGUCUCUAUGGCUGGCAAUAUAUCUAUGAGGCCUAUUUAUAUCAUUUUGUGCGCAAAGAUGUUAGACACAAUUUCUCUUUGUACUUUUUAAUGCAAUACCUAAGUGGUGCUGCUGUUGAAACCUCGCUAUUAGAAAAAUCCCUAAUUCUAUUGCCUCAAUUGCUUCUCAUAUUAUAUUUAAGUUUUGCCUUUGGUCAAUUUAGACAAACUUUACCCUUUUGCAUCUUUUCCCUAGCCUUUGUUAUGGUUACUUUUAAUUCGGUAGUUACCUCACAAUAUUUCGUUUGGUAUCUGGCCUUAUUACCUUUAUGUCUGAAUAAUCUACAAUCUAUAACAUGGCUUCAAUCAGCAGCCUAUUUUGCUUUAUGGUUAGUGGCCCAGGGUUUAUGGCUAUUGCCUGCCUAUCUAUUGGAAUUUAAGACUUGGAAUACAUUUUAUUGGAUCGGCGCUCAAAGUGCCUUUUUCUUUAUGGUCAACAAUUUGCUAUUGGCACGUUUAAUCGAACAUUAUAGCUUUACCUCGUUUAAGGUUAAUUUUAAGAAACUUUUUUAGAAAAAAGUAAAAUAAAUAUGAAAUCGAUUGGAUUGCAAAAUAUAUGUAGUUAUUUAGUUGAAUUAUAAGAAAUCAUACAAUUUAUAAAAAAAAAACUUAAACAAUAUAAGUAGUUUCACUUUGUAAACAAUUUUUAUAAUAAAUUGAAAUAAAACUAAUUAAUC